AUGCUGCCCUACAUCAAUGCCCCAUUCGAAUAUGUCGCCGACAUGCUGGGGAACUCGGCAGAUGAGCUAAAACUUGUCUUCUCCUUCUACCUGUCAUAUCCGCUGGCGGCACUACUCAAGCGGAUACCCGACAAGGACCCAUGGAAGAAGAACUUGUUCGUCAUCAGUGUGUCCAUGUUCUACCUGGUUGGUCUCUUUGACCUGUGGACUGGCCUGCGAACCAUAUUCAUCACUGCUAGUGGUGCUUACCUCAUCGCAUCCAAGAUCCACUCCCCAUACAUGCCCUGGAUUGGCUUUGUCUUUCUCAUGGGCCACAUGUCUGUCAAUCAUAUCUACCGCCAGGCUGUCAAUGAUCCCGCCGUUUUCGACAUCACCGGAGCCCAGAUGGUCAUGGUCAUGAAGCUGACUGCCUUUUGCUGGAAUGUGCAAGACGGCCGUCUGCCUGACUCUGAGCUGACCGACUUUCAACGUGAGCAUGCAAUCCGCACCAUGCCCAGUCUCCUCGAUUACACUGGCUACGUUCUCUUCUUUCCUGGCCUCAUGGCUGGGCCGGCAUUCGACUAUGCCGACUACAGCCAGUACAUUACCACAACCAUGUUCACGCUGCCGCCAGGCACAGAUCCAUCAAAGGCUCCACCUACGCGCAAGAAGCGCAAAAUCCCUCGGAGCGGAACGCCAGCAGCCAUCAAGGCGUUUUAUGGCACCUUGUGGCUGGCUGCCUUCAUCAAAUUCUCAAGCUGGUACUAUCCUGCCUUCUUUCUCGGGGCCGACUGGGGACGGUACAACUUCGUGCGCAGGGUGUGGCAGCUGUACAUGCUUGGCCUUACCACGCGCAUGAAGUACUACGCCGUCUGGAGCCUGUCGGAAGGAGCCUGUAUUCUCUCGGGCAUUGGGUACAAUGGCCUCGACCCCAAGACACACCGGCCCAAAUGGGACCGCCUUACCAACAUUAACCCCCUGGAGAUUGAACGCGCACAAAAUGCUCGCGCAUACCUUGGUUACUGGAACAUCAACACGAACAAUUGGCUCAGAAACUACAUGUACUUGCGCGUGACGCCAAAGGGCAAGAAACCUGGCUUCCGAGCUACCUUGGCAACUUUCGUGACGAGUGCCUUUUGGCACGGAUUUUACCCUGGCUACUAUCUUGCCUUUGUCCUCGCCGCAUUCGUGCAGACUGCUGCAAAGAACGGUCGUCGCUUGAUUCGCCCGCUGUUUCUGACUCCCGAUGGCAAAGCGCCUCUACCGUCGAAGAAGUACUAUGACAUGUGCACCAUGGUUCUCACACAAAUCGUCUUUGCGUUUGUUGUCGCACCCUUCAUCCUGCUGGGGUUCUCGGAUACGAUCAAAGUUUGGGUGCGCGUCUACUUUUACGCGCUUAUUGGCGUGGCGGCAUCGUUUGCCCUCUUCUCGCGGUCUUUUCCAUUCCGUAAGAUGCUUGUGCAACGCCAGUCUGCUCGUGCACCGCCCCAGCCAGCCAGCCCGCUGGACGAUCCCGCGAUUGAGAAGGCUGCACGUGAGGAAAUCCGAAGAGAGAGGCUAGCCAGAACCGUGUCGGCCGAUAGUGUAUCGCUUGAUCAAGGCAACAUGCCACUUCUCGGUAUUGCAGACGACCCGGAAAAGGAAAUCGACGAGAUUGUGGCAGAGGUCAAGGCGGAAAUCGAGCUGAGAAGACGGAGGGGCAGCAUAGUGCAAGGAUUCGAUGUCAAGAAGGCGGUGCAAGACAAGUUGAGUCAAUUCAACAAGAAGGUGUAA